AUGGCCAAAACUGAAGCAAAAGAUCCGAAAUUGCAUAUCAGUGAGCAGCCUGUCACCCUCGGGAACUGGCAUCAACAUGUCAAUUGGGUCAACACAUCUCUCAUCCUGAUCGUACCCCUCGGUGGCUGUGUGGCCGCGUUCUAUACCAAAUUACAUGCAGCCACGGCCGCUUGGUGUGUUCUAUAUUACUUUUGGACUGCCUUGGGCAUCACUGCGGGCUAUCAUCGUCUGUGGGCCCAUCGAUCAUACGAAGCCUUACCUCUGAGAAUAUUCUUGGCUUGUGCCGGUGGUGGUGCCGUGCAAGGAUCGAUCAGAUGGUGGAGCAGCAAGCACAGAGCGCAUCACCGAUGGACCGACACAGCCAAGGACCCAUAUAGUGUGAUGAAGGGGGCUUGGUAUGCACACUUCAUGUGGAUGGUCUUGAAUCAGAACCCGAAGAACAAAGGCAGAACGGAGAUCUCUGACCUGAACGAAGACCCUGUCGUUGUCUGGCAGCACCGAAACUACGGAAAGGUCGUUCUGUUCUUCGGUAUGAUAUUCCCAAUGAUCGUCGCUGGCUUGGGUUGGGGUGAUUGGAAGGGUGGUCUGGUGUAUGCUGGCAUUCUCAGAUUUUUGUUCGUCCAGCAAGCCACCUUCUGUGUCAACUCUCUUGCCCAUUGGUUGGGUGACCAGCCAUUUGAUGACCGCAACUCACCUCGCGAUCACGUUCUUACUGCACUGGUUACUUGCGGCGAGGGCUACCACAACUUUCACCAUGAGUUCCCCUCCGACUACCGCAAUGCGAUUCAAUGGUGGCAAUAUGACCCUACCAAGUGGUCAAUCUGGACAUGGAAGCAACUCGGCUUCGCUACCAACCUCAAGCAAUUCCGUGCGAACGAAAUCGAAAAGGGCCGCGUACAGCAACUCCAGAAGAAGGUGGACCAAAAACGUGCCAAGCUUGAUUGGGGAAUUCCCUUGGGCCAGUUGCCUGUCAUGGACUGGGAUGGUUUCGUCACUGAGGCUCAGAACGGAAAGGCUCUCGUUGCCAUUGCCGGUGUUGUUCACGACGUGACUGAUUUCAUCAAGGAACAUCCUGGUGGAAAGACUCUUAUCGCAUCGGCUAUUGGAAAAGAUGCCACUGCCAUGUUCAACGGUGGUGUUUACAUGCAUACCAAUGCUGCUCAUAACCUUCUCUCUUCCAUGCGAGUUGGGGUGAUCCGCGGCGGUGGUGAGGUUGAGAUCUGGCGACACCAAAACAGCCAGAAGGGUGAAGCUUGA